UAUCUCCCUUUAUCGCUGAUAAUACCUGAUAGGAGUUAAUACGGUUAAAACUAGCCGCAGGAAGUGAUCUAAAAAACCCGAAUAAAUCAUGUUCGCGAUGAAGGAUAUGUCCCCCAGUAUCCCAUCCUUGGGUGACAUUACGGAAAGCAAACUCUUCCAGAGGAGGGCUGACUCAAAAGAGGAACUGUCUUCGGGGUACCAUGCCUUCGAAAGCGUCGACUACGACAACUACGAAACAAUCACGAAAUACUCCCAGAGUCACGUUUCGCGGGUCACCACCAACAUGCCCCUGGACAACAUGCUGUGUGCCCGCUGCGGCGACGGGUUCGAGCCCCAUGAGAAAAUCGUCAACUCGACUGGGCAGUUGUGGCAUCAACAAUGCUUUGUCUGCGCCCAGUGCUUCCAGGAGUUCGAGGACGGGAUUUUCUACGAGUACGACGACCGGAAGUACUGUGAGAGAGAUUUCCAGAUUCUGUUUGCUCCCUGUUGUGGCAAAUGCAACAGUUUCAUCAUCGGGCGGGUGAUUAAGGCCAUGAAUGCCAGCUGGCAUCCGGAGUGCUUCCGUUGCGAGAUGUGCGAGACGGAGUUGGCGGAUACUGGGUUCAUUAAGAAUGCGGGAAGGGCGUUGUGUCACGAAUGCAACGCUAGGGUUAAGGCCAUCGGGACGGGGAAACAUGUGUGCCACAAAUGCCAUGGUCUCAUCGACGACAAACCCCUGAAGUUCCGGGGCGAAAUGUACCACCCGUACCAUUUCAAUUGUACCAACUGCGGCGUCGAAUUGGAUUACACAGCCCGCGAAGUGAGAAGCCGGCCUGGGUUUGCCGCCAACGACAUGAACGAGCUCUACUGCCUCCGCUGCCACGAUAAAAUGGGCAUUCCAAUUUGCGGAGCCUGCCGAAGACCAAUCGAAGAGCGCGUCGUCACAGCCCUGGGAAAGCAUUGGCACGUCGAGCACUUCGUCUGCGCUAAAUGCGAAAAACCAUUUUUCGGCCAUCGCCACUACGAGAAAAAAGGACUCGCGUAUUGCGAAGUCCACUACCACCAGCUUUUCGGAAAUCUGUGCUUCGUCUGCAACCAGGUGAUCGCAGGAGACGUUUUUACGGCCCUAAAUAAGGCUUGGUGCGUCCACCAUUUCGCUUGUUCUGUAUGCGACCAGAAAAUGAACCAGAAGACCAAGUUGUACGAGUGCGACUUGAAGCCGGUGUGUAAAAAAUGUUACGAGAAGUUUCCGACAGAACUGCGCCGAAGAUUGAAGAGGCAACAUGAAGCGCAGCCGUUGCGCAAGCCGCAAACGCCGACGUAAGGUGUGUUAGCACAAGGUCAUGGUCGGUUUUAAUGAGAUAGUAACUUUUAUUUAAUCAUUUUGACCAAGGUCUACAGACACGUGUUUGUAACAUUUUCAUUAUUAAGUUAUUAAAUGUAUUUCAAUUCCAGUGUUUGAAAAAUAUAUAAAAAUAUAUAUUUUGCUUUCUUAGGUUAGAUUCUUGCUUGAAAUGAUUUAAUAAAACGAGUAGAGCGUGUUUUAAAUCCUAAUAGUUAGGAUUCCCCAUUUACCUUUAUUAAGAAAGUAUAAAAUAUAAAAACAUGUAAAUAUAGCAGAAUCAAAAAAUAUAUGAAAGCUCUGUCUGUAAUUCCGUAUCGCUACUAUAUUUGUUUAGUCGUUUGGAACUGGGGGAUCGUCAAUGUUUAACUAAUGUAAAAAAUAUAUAUUUGAUUUAUAAUAAUUAAUAAGUUAACAAAUAUUAAUUUAUAUUUUCCAUACAAAGAAUUGCGUUUAUACAAUCUUUCAUAGUCGUAUUUGUAUUUACUUUGUAGGUUUUAGUUUUUUUAUUAGAUCAUGCAAGUUCUACUUUUUUCGACAAAACUCUGUAUUUAUGUCUGCAAAAGUAUAAGUAUUUAUGUCUUAACACAGACCUUAUAGUACUUUAGCUACCCGAAUGUCUGCCUUUUACCUAUAGUUAAAUAUAUGAAAAUAAGGUGCCUUAUUAAUGUUGCUUCCAUUUAAGAUUUUACAAGAUGGUUUAUUUUAUUUAGAUGUAUUUUAUAUACUCUAUGCUAAUAUUGUGUGUCAUAAAACUGUAACCAAUAAAAUAUAAUCUGUUUGCGGUA